UGUGGUUUCUAAAGCAUCUGAGAGAAACGGAGCAGCUCAGUCGGUGCUCAGCUCAGAACAAACCACCACAAAAAGACGGCAGACAAUUUGAGACCAAGCAAAAGGUAAAAUGGAAUUCAUGGAUUAUGAGGACUUCACAGAUUACAACUACUCAAAUAUGGACAACAUCACGACAGCUGAAGGAACAGUUUCACAACACAAAGAAAGUUGUCUGAAGGAAGGCACGUGCAUGCUUCUGACUGUAAUCAAUGUGGUAAUUUUCCUGCUGGGCUUUUUUGGGAACAUGCUGGUCAUCUGGAUCUCUGGCUUUAAGAUGAGGAAGACCGUGAACACCACUUGGUACCUGAGCCUCGCCAUGUCCGACUUUUUAUUCUGUGCUUUUCUGCCAUUUAACAUCGUCAGUAUAGCAAUGAAAGAGUGGUUCUUUGGUUCCUUCAUGUGCAAGUUCACCUCUGCAGCGUUGUUCAUCAACAUGUUCAGCAGCAUCUUCCUCCUCAUCAUCAUCAGCAUGGACCGCUGUGUGUCCGUCAUGUUUCCAGUUUGGGCCCAGAACCACCGCUCUGUUCAAAAGGCAUCCGCCGUGGUUGUUUUUGCUUGGCUUCUCGCCGCCGGAAUGUCCAUUCCCUCAUUGAUCUAUCGUCAGGUCCACACGAAUUCUGAUGGAUCUCAGUCCUGCUACACUAAUUACGACACAACAUCUACUCACAUGAUUACUGUUGUGACCCGCUUCAUUGUGGGUUUCGUGGUUCCAUUCACCAUCAUUAUCAUCUGUUACUCCAUCAUCAUCUUCAAACUUCAAAACAACAGGAUGGCAAAGUCCUCCAAACCCUUCAAAGUAAUGACUGCUCUCAUUGUUGCAUUUUUCGUGUGCUGGCUGCCCUACCACGUGUUUGUCCUGAUGGAGCUGAACCACCGCCAAUACGACCUCAACGUUUUAACUACUGGAAUUCAAAUGGGUGUCAUUUUAGCAUCAGCAAACAGUUUUCUCAAUCCAUUGCUGUACGUCUUCAUGGGAAACGACUUCCAGAAGAAGCUGAAGAGCUCUUUGCUUUCAAAGAUGGAGAACGCAAUGGCUGAUGAAGGACGCACUACCAGUCGAUACCUGUCCAGGUCCAGCUCCAUGGACGGCAGAGCUUCCACGCACAUUUAGAGCUGAGGACGUUUAUAUGAAGCAAUAAAUAAAUAAAUAAAUAAAAUGUCUAGAAAUAUAUUUUGACAGUGAGUAUACUUCAUGAAUUGUAUAUUGAAAUCAAAUUUGUUUACUACAAAAACAAUCAUUUAAGUGAUGUAAAUGUCAUGGUUUUAAGUGUUAAAUAAGAUCAAGAUUUAUAAAAUCAAUUGUAUUUUAUAUACAAAAACAAACAAUACACUCAUCCAAAGCCAAAACCUUGUAUAUUUACGGUCAAGUAUGCGCUCAAGCAUUACAUCCACCAAAGGUUUGCUAUUUGCAAUUAGCAGAAACAUUUACUGGCUUUGGACUCUGCUGAAUCCAGAUUGGUUGAAUUGAUUGUUCAGAGUACCAUGUGAGAAACUUGUAAUAACAGCAACAAAGUUGACCACAGUAACAUAGGUGAUAAGAUUGGACCAGAAUAGCCCUACCUUGAAAAAAGAGGUAUGUGGAUAGAGUAACAAACACAGAAAACAACCCGGAUUUCACUCUUUAGUGUUCAACGGAACAAGAUAGUGUAUGAAAAUAUCGUUGUCCCCUGGAUACUCUGAACUGCUUUUACCAGAAGUGAGUGGAGUUGUCAUCUCUUGCUGCACACUUUCUUGAAAAUGUGUUAAUAAAGACUAUUAAAACAAGUCAUGUAAGGAAAUGUGUACAUAUGUAAUUUGAUGUAUAAAAUCUUGUCAUUUGUUCAAUAAAAAAACUGAAUCUGCU